CGAAAUGAAAAGAGACGCUGCUCUCAAGGCCUAGUAACUGCUGAACUGCUGAAAAGUAUUUUAUACCGAAGAGAAAACACGAGCAUAAUAAAAAUGGAGAUCGGAACCGAGAUUAGCAAGAAAAUACGGGCUGCUAUCAAAGAUAAAUUGCAGGAACUUGGUGCUUAUGUUGAUGAAGAGCUUCCUGAUUACAUCAUGGUCAUGGUGGCCAAUAAGAAGAACCCUCAGCAGAUGGCAGAUGACCUGUCCUUGUUUCUGGGCAACAAUACUAUCAAGUUCACUGUGUGGUUACAUGGGGUUUUGGACAAGCUGAGAUCAGUUGCAGUUGAGCCCACAUCUCUUCAUCCCCCUGCCCUUCACUCAGAGAUGAGCGUCCCAAUGGUGGAUGACAGGAGGAGGGAGGAGCCUCGUGCUCUCGCCGUGUCCAGCUCCCGCUCUGAAAAGUUGGAGGGGUGGGUCUCAAGCUCCGCCCACGAGCUCCACACUGGUAUGAGAAGUUCUUCUGAAAGAUCUUCUAGACUGACGUCCACAGUCAAACCUCUGAUGGAGGCAUCAGCUGAAGCUGUGAUUGACAUCAAGCCUGACCUGGAUGAUGACCUUAUUGCCUAUGAUCCAGUGGAACAGGACUUGACCUCAGGUCUCACACGGGGCUUAUACAGCCGCUCGGCUGUGGAGAGAUCACGGCCGGCUGUGGAGUCUUCCGCCCAGAGUUCAGGCCGAACCGCCGCUGCAUACAGAUCCUCAGAGGUCAUGAGAGGGCCAGAAAGGUCAAGUUCCAGCCAUGGGCGGAGCUACAGGAGCUCAGGGGAGAGUAGCAGAGAGUUGUCCCGGAAACGCAAGGCCCCUGUGGCUAGUUCAGUGGUUAGAGUUCACAGAGGUCAUGACCGGGGUCAGGAGAGUGAUGAUCUGGAUGAGGAAGAGGAUGAAGAUGAGGACUAUGGUUUUCCCAGCAAAGUGUCUCUACCUUCUAAACCUGAACGCAAACCUUCCCUCCCGCCAGCCAAACAAGCUAACAAAAAUCUGAUCCUCAAAGCAAUCUCAGAAGCUCAGGCAUCCAUCAACAAGACUACUGCAUACACAGCUGCCCAGCGGCAGACGGUUACAGUUGCGCCACGGACACGUUCAGCCAGUGACGAGAUGAAUAAUGCUGCGAUCCGAUUGGUCCAGGAGCACCUGCAAGCUCUCACACCCCAGGACACACUGCUGACCACACAGCCCAGGGCUAUAGCAUCUCGCCUGCAGUUGGAGCUUCCAGUGGAGGGCAGUAGAGAGCAACUCAUUGACUAUGAGCUGCAGGUAUUAGAGCCAGCGAGACUGCAGGCCCUGGACACUCGCUCUUUCAUCAUGAGAAAACCAGAGCUGGAUCAGACACCACCACCAAUCAGGAGCAGACUUGGCACUCUCAGUCAGAAUGAAGACCCACCCUCUGCAUCUCGAAUGGUGCAGCCCAGAGAGAGAGCGGAGGUGGGUGGAGCAAGUCCCAAGUUCAUUGUCACACUGGACGGAGUUCCCAGUCCGUUAGCCAAUCGCACCGAUCAGGAGAUGGAGCCCGAGGACAAGUUCAACAUGACUUCUGACCUUCUGGAAAGCAGCAAAGCCAAACCUGGCGUCCAUCUCCGACUGGGCACUGAAAUCCUGAACAUUGACGAGAUGGAUGAGGUGAAGGACAUGGAUGUAGAGCCAAUUCAGACUAAACGACAAAAUCUUCCAGAACGCUGCAAGUUUUGGCCUGCGUGCAAAAGUGGAGAAGGGUGUUUGUACCAUCACCCAAACACACAGUGCAAAAUAUUUCCCAACUGUAAAUUUGGUGAGAAGUGUCUGUUUAUCCAUCCAAACUGUAAAUAUGAUGCAAAGUGCACCAAAGUAGACUGUCCGUUCACACACAUAAGCCGAAGAGUCCAAAGCAAUCCCACAAGAGCAGCUCCAGGUCCUGCUCCUGCCAGCAGCGUGUGCCGAUUCUUUCCAGAGUGUAAAAAGGUGGACUGUCCAUUCUAUCACCCCAAACCAUGUAGAUUUGCUGCGCAUUGUAAGCGAGCUGGCUGCACUUUCUACCAUCCGUCCAUCACAGUGCCACCCAGAAGUGCUCUGAAAUGGACUAAAACACAGAGCAGUUGAGAAAUGAAAAUCAAUGAAUGUUACGGACUGAGCUGCAAUGUUUUCUACGAUUGACGCAGAGUUGCAUUUCUGUCUCCUUUUGACGUUAUGCUCAUGAUCCAGAAUUUGUUUUCUUGUUUUAAGGUUUGUUUG